AUGUUCACCUUCAUCCCACGACGUAUGAUUCGUCGCCCCGUCGCCGUCGUCGCCUUCCUCAGCGUCCUCGUCUAUUUCCUAGGCUUUUCCCCUGAAUUCGGUUUCUUUCCCCAAUCACCACUCUACUCCUCCUUUUCCUCCACUGCUGGAACAACAAAGUUACAUCUAGGGCGAGCAACGACCGUUACGCGUACCCAAUUCCUUCGAAUAACGCGCACAGUCUACGCACCCGACGCGACGGGUGCUCCUGAUCGACCACCCCGGAUUCGCGAGGACGAAAUUCUCGAUGACGAGAUAGAUGGAAGCCUUCCGAAGCUGGAGAAACACACGUAUCGUAAAGACGGCUUGUUGGAAGUCAACCCGCGCGGCCCUCAUCCCAUAUACGAGCUCAUCAGCCGCGCGGAGGCGAAUUGGGAAGCGAAGAUGAACAAGGCUAGUAAAACGCUCGAGGAAGCCUGUCGUGAGUAUGAGCGCCGGUAUCGAAGGCUUCCACCCCUUGGUUUUGAUAAAUGGUGGGCGUAUGUUCAAGAAAACCAAGUUCAGCUACCCGAUGAGUAUGACCAGAUAUACGACGAUUUGGAGCCUUAUUGGGGUAUGAACCCCACAGACCUACAAGGGAUCCAACGAGACUGGGAAGCCCACGCUGAUUCAUAUACCGUUGGCAAAGAUGCUCAAGACGACUCGAUAGUCAUGCUGAACUAUACCCUCCCCGGCAACGCAGGCGUGAAACACGAGCUCGCAGAGGGCGCGUUUCAAAUUAUGGAGCUGCUGGAAGACGUAGAAAAGCAUAUACCCCCGUUCCGCGCUGUGUUUUCACCGCAUGAUAACCCAAACUUGCCUACCGAUUAUGAGCUGAGGGAGAUGGCGUUGGAUGCGGCUGCUUCUGGACGAUUCAUCAACAUCAACAAUCCCCCGGAAUAUAAACUCCACGGCUGGAUAUCCGCAUGCGACCCCCUUUCCCCCGCCUGGCGAGACCCCAUCAAAUGGGACGCCGCUCCCCCACCACGUACAAAAAAGACCUUCAUAUACAACCACCGCGAAGCCAUGGACCCAUGCCAACACCCUGACCUCCUCGUCAACCACGGCCAGUUCCUCUCCCACCAUAUAGGCCCAGUUCCCCAUCGGGUGUUGAUCCCCCAAUUCUCGUAUUGUCCGACGUUGUUGCAUCAUGAUAUCAUGGCUGCCAUGCCUAUCAACUGGGUGGAAGACAUAUUGCCUCGCAGCUUUGAUCCGGAGUGGGAUGAGAAAUACGAUGAUAGACUGCAAUGGCGCGGGACGAAUACGGGUAUAUGGCAUGAUGAAGAUACCCUCUGGCCCCUUUCUCAACGCUCACGGUUGGUGGAGUGGGCUACGAAUGCGUAUCAUGAGAAUGUGACUGUUUUGCCUGCGCCGAAGGAUAAUAAGCGUGCGGUGGGUGGGGGGGUGACGGUGAGGAAGGCGAAAUAUAGUUCGUCGAUGCUUGAUGUUGCGUUUGCGAAUGCGCCGUUGAGUUGUGCGCCCAAGACGUGUGAGCUUUUGAAGGGAGUUUUUGAGUUUAGGAAGCCCCAUGAUUGGAAGACUGCUGGGAAGUAUAAGUAUAUUAUUGAUGUGGACGGAAAUGGAUGGUCAAGUCGGUUUAAACGACUUAUUACGUCCAACUCGCUCAUCUUCAAAUCGACGAUAUACCCCGAAUGGUUCACAGACAGAAUAGAACCCUGGGUGCACUACGUCCCCGUGCAAAACGACCUCUCGGACCUCUUCGACUCGCUCGUCUUUUUCAGGGGUGACCCAACGGGGACGAACGCGCAUGACGAUAUGGCGCGUAAGAUUGCGUAUGCAGGUCGGGCGUGGAGUAAAAAGUUUUGGAGGAAGGAGGAUUUAACGGCUUAUAUGUUCAGACUAUUCCUAGAAUACGCACGCGUAAUGAGCACAGAGCGACCAUCCAUGUUUUAUAACCACGGUACACCAGGCUCGAGACCGCCUCCUCCGCCUCUUGUAGAUGACACCAAACCACCGCCACCGCGAGCGCAGAACCCAGUAGACCCGGAGAUACCGCCAAUACCGGAGAGGAGGAAGGGGAAUAGGAAGUAUGUUCCUGAGGUUGUGGAGGAGUUGAGUGAUAAUGAGUAUGAGGAGGAUGAUUUUUAAGAACGGCAUGCAUGGGCAGGAUAAUUCUCUUUUUUUUGGUGGGAGGGAAGGAAGGAGG